AUGCAAGCCUGUCAACAGAAAGUUCCAGGAUCGGGUCUGAGCUCCCAGUCUGACUUGGGUCUUUCUUGGACGCCCGAUGUACACGUUCACCCCCGAGACUGGGGGCGGGCGCGGAAAAUCUACGAUACGUGCAUAGUGGUUUUCAUCGAGUUCUUCACGACAAUGAUUAGUACUGCAGGAUCACCCGUCGCCAAUCACUUAUAUCCGGAGCUUGGCGUCAGCCCAAUCGUAGCUACUUGUAUCUUUGUGUCAACUUACCUCAUUGGGCAAACCAUUGGAGGCGUCAUCUUUCCUCCUUGGUCAGAAUCUUUUGGCCGGAAGAAACUCUAUGUGAUAAGCACCGCGUUAUACUGCUUAUCCUGCAUCCUCGUUGCCAGAGUACCGAAUGUUCCUGGCAUCGUUACGGGCCGAUUUAUUGGGGGGUUCUUUUCCGCCAUCCCUACCAUCGUUGCCACAGGAAGCAUCGAAGACCUUUGGGACUCAAAUGCCCGCGUCUGGUGGGUAUUCUGGUGGGCUUUGGUGGCCAACCUUGGAUUGCUCAGCGGCCCGGUUGUGGGUGAACUCAUUAUGGGCCAAUUUGAUUGGACUUGGGUCUUCUACAUGGCAGCUAUUGUGACCAGCAUUGUGACGCUGCUCUUUCUUACGAUUAAGGAGUCGCGCCCCUCGGUUGUGUUAGCCAAAGCCGAGAAGUUUCCCGAUGUCCACUCCUGGUCAAGACGACGAGGCUUGAGAAACAAGCUGAAGAUCCCCAAGCACGAGAAACUCGACCUCGUCCGACCCCUACGUCUCUUCUUCACGGAACCGAUUGUCUUCCUGGUUGCCGUCAUCAGCGCGAUCGCGUUUGGCCUCGUCUACUUGUUCACCGAAGUUUUACCGAUGGUUUACACGGAGAUCGGCUUCGAAGACGGCUGGAGAAACAUACCCUUCCUAGCUCUCGCAGUUGGCAUGCUUUUGAGCAUAAUCACACGCAUCUACGACCGUCGCUUUCUUGCUAAAAGGUUGGCGACAUCUUCGCCUGUGUCCCCAGAGUCCAAAUUCACAGGUUUCUUCAUCGGGGCACCGUUACUAGCCGGAGGUCUCUGGUGGUUUGCAUGGACAAUCCCUCCGCGGGUGACUUCAGUCCACUGGGUCGUGCCGACGGUGGCACUCGUACCCAUUGGAUAUGCGGUCAACGAGUUCGAUUACGUGCUGGCUGGCUACCUUACCGACUGUUACCAAACCUACUCGGCCAGCGCCUUUGCAGCCUUGGCACUUGUUCGUUCACUUUCUUGCGCAACGUUUCCGCUGUUCGGGAGGGCAUUGUUCGACUCUCUAGACUUCAACAUAGCGUCGUCUGUAUUUGGUGCGUUGGCGACGGUGCUUUGCGUUGUACCGCCGUUGCUAUUUGUAUUUGGACAGAGGUUAAGAGAGUCAAGUGCAUUUGCAAACAAAUAA